GCGUGCUCGACACUUGAGCUUUCCUUCGACUCAAUCCCAAACUAAAUCCAUACUACUGUACUUACUUUCAUCAUCCUCUUCUUAACUUCUGAGACACUGCACUGAAAAUCAAAACAUGUCAAUUUCGGCCAUUUCUCGGUGCGUUUUCCGUUACCCGGCAUUUCGCUCCUUUGCUUCUCAGAGCAACGGUCGCCUCGCAGCUCUAUCGAAUGCUGCUGCUGCCACCAAAGCAGUGAUCGCAGGUCGUGGUGGUCCCAAUAGAAUGGCUGAAUUCUCUGAAUCCAGCAGCCGCUCAUUCGCUUCUCUGUCAUUCUCAGCAUUCGCCCAAAAGAAGACCAUGUCGGACGAGCAGGCCAAAGCGAUCGCCGCAGCGCAGCAGCCGCGCCAAGCAGACACCAUCUUUGGCAAGAUUGCUCGCAAGGAGAUUCCCGCCCAGAUUGUGUUUGAGGACGACCAGGCACUCGCCUUCCGUGACGUGAGCCCGACUGCUCCGACACACAUUCUCAUCAUCCCCAAGAAGCCGAUUGCCACCAUUGCCGAUUCCACCGACGAAGAUGAGCAGCUUCUUGGCCACCUUCUCGUCGUCGCGCGCAAGGUCGCCGAGCAGGAGAAACUCGCUCGCGGCUAUCGUAUUGUCAUCAACAAUGGCGCCGAUGGAGGCCAAAGCGUCUACCACCUGCACGUGCACCUUAUCGGAGGCAAGUCGCUCGGCUGGCCUCCGUUUGCCAACUAGAUAUCUCUGCGCUCUCUGUGUGCUCCCUGUUUAUGAGCGCUUGCUUGCGAUGAUGAGAGUUUUUCAAAGCCU